AUGUUGAAUAUAUUACUUACGUUGGUGAUAGGGGUGUUGUUGAAUGCUGCUAAUGUUUUUGGUUACCUGCCAGGCUAUAUUGGGAAUGCAAUUGAGUUAAAUUCGAAAGAUUAUGGAGCAUCGUGUUCUCCUAUAAAAUAUACGCCAAAUAGCAAAAUGCAAGCUUCAAUUGAGCUACACAUCGAUCAAUUGGACUCAAAGGAUAGAUCUACUUUGAAGGACUUAAAAAUCCCUGUAUUGAUCUUUCGUUACGCGGAUAUUUUAAACUUCACUUCGAUUCGUCCAAUUGAAGACUAUUUUUAUGACUAUUCUUAUUAUUUUAGUGAGGGAUCUUUGGAUGACCAGAAAGAGUUUUACAAGGAUGUGGUUGAUUUUAAGCAAAACAAAUUCAAAUUGGAUAUGAGUAAUGGCUACAAACUCAAUAAGGAUAGAAUUUAUAAUGAUUACUUAACUAUUGAUUCUAAAGAUGAAAAACAUAUUAAGGCUGUAUUACCAGUGUAUGAGUCGGGCAUAUAUUGUGCAUACGUUGCGCCACCGGUAGAUUCUGGUAUCAAGAAAUUGUCUAUUCCUGUCAAUUACAAAAAUUCUUAUGGUUAUUUGCCAUAUAUUCAGUACGCUAUUUAUACGCAGUAUAAGUAUAUUAUUACUAUUGGUUUAUUGUUGACAGCCUACUUAUUUCACUACAUUCUUAAGUUUAAGGUUGGUAAGGAUUUCAAAAAUAUGAAUUCGAUUUCAAUAAUCUCGAAAGCUGUGAUCUUCUAUUUAUUGAUCCCUAUUGUAUUCCUUUCUAUUGGUGAUUGGUUCAUUGAUUUUAUUCAAAAUAACUACAUUUCGAGUGGAAGUCAUGCAACCAUUUUCAAGUUUUUGAAAAUGACCAUUACUUGGAUGGAUUACAACUUCAGUAUUAUGCUCAGAUUCUUUAUUUUGCUUUUUGCUAUGGGUUAUGGUGUAAUUUAUUAUCAUAAUAAUGCAAAUCAAAACUACAGGGAAAUGCCUGCAAGGUUAAUCAAUAAGGCAAUAGUUCUAUUCGUUGUUAAUGUAUGUUUGUUUAGUGUGAGGGAAUGUUUAGAUUAUUUUGGAGACAGUAUCGUAUCUGCAAUGUAUGGAGAUACAUUCUCCAAUGGGAUGCAAAAAAUCAAUCCUCACUUUGAUCCCUCAGCCAUUUUCAUUGUUCAUCAAAUCAUUAAUUUCGCGUGUGAAGUAUUCCCAUUGAUAUGGUUUGUUUUGUCAUUGGUUCACUACUUCAAGACUAAGAAAACCAUUGCAAAAUUUCCACCUAUAUCAGCUACCGCCGAAGGAUCGGUAGAUGCAAACUCGAGAAUUAUUAAAUCAUUCAGACAAUCAAUUCUUAUCUUAUUUGUAUUGCCAGUUUUCCUUGCGUUCGUAUUUGGUACAUUUGUGGCUUACCAUAUUAUUCAUUCAAAUGAAUAUUCUUUAGAUAUUCCAAAUACAACAGGUAGAGAGGAUAUCGCUCAACUGGUCUUAUCAAUGAGAAUGUUAGAAAUUCUGACGUUUGAUAACUCAGCAAUAUUACCAGCAGUAUGGGUUUCUGUUUUGAAUGUUUACUUGACAAUUGUUUUAAUCUAUGCUAUUUGGAUCAGAAAUGAUAAUGAAUUAGUUAUGGAAGCGUAUAGUAGGGAAUUUUCUAGUACAGGAUCGAUGAACCUGGAAUAUGAAAGUGAUUCCUAUUAA